CGUGAACCUUAGCUUGCUUGUCGCCAAGUCUGAAACCCCCAGAUUCUACCCACACAACUGUCCAUUUCAAGAAGGUGAAGAAGCGAUCAUGCGCCCUCGUGAGACUUCCCCGCGUUUGCAUCCUUGGCGUCAAGAGCAUGAGUGCAAGAAAAAGUACGUACAUAUAACGAUGCCCCUCUAUCGCAUUUCCUUCAGUAUCAAAGGAUCUUUUGCUGCGCUGCGUAUCGUUCGUAUAAUCCGAAAUUUACAGAAUCUUUGCUAUAGACAUGGGGUGGUCAUGGAAAACGCAUGCCUCAGGCACGCAGGAUCCUCCCGAGGUUCGCAACUGGAGAAUACAUUUGAUCGCACUUGUUGCGUCAAUGUCAGCUCUCGCAAUGGGUUACGACACCGCGGUCAUCGGUGGAACUAUGGCCUUGAAUUCGUUCAUCCGCGACUUCGAUUUGGAUAGCAUCUCAAAAUCCCAACGUGACACCGUUCAGGGCAAUAUCGUCUCGACAUUCCAGGCUGGCUGUUUUUUCGGAGCACUGUUCACUUUUCCACUUGCGGAGAAGAUCGGCCGAAGGAAGACUAUCAUGAUGGCCUCCCUUGUCUUCCUUCUUGGUGGCACUUUGAUGACUGCGUCACGAGGAAGCCUGAAUUUGAUUUAUGCUGGCCGUGCUAUCGCUGGACUAGGCAUCGGAGCUUCCUCGCUUACCGUGCCAGUCUACAUUGCUGAAACCGCACCUCCAUCCAUUCGUGGCCGCCUUGUGGGUAUCUUCGAGAUCGCAUCCCAAGGCGGUGGUAUGCUUGGCUUUUGGAUCAACUACGCUACCGACCAAACAAUCGACGUGAGGAAACAAUCUCAAUGGAUUGUUCCUCUCGCGAUCCAGCUGUUCCCGGGCGUCAUGCUCUUCUUAGGCAUGUUUUGGUGUCCAGAGUCUCCGCGAUGGCUCGCCAGAGGCGACAAUUUCGAGGGCGCAGAAAAGAUCCUGACCAGUCUGCGUGGACUUCCUUCUUCUCAUCCUUAUAUCCUUCAUGAGAUGGGAGAGAUCCGCCAGCAAGUCGAGCUCCGCAGCACGAACCACAUGAGCAAGUCCGCUCAGUUCAAGAAACUUUUCCAGAAAGGAACACGCAACCGUCUAGGGCUUGGAUUGGCUCUCAUGUUUCUUCAAUCGUUUACGGGAGUGAACAUCAUUACUUAUUACGCUCCCCGUAUUUUUGAGACUCUUGGGGUUCCUAGCACUUCAUUGAAGCUAUUUUCGACAGGUUUCUACGGAAUUGCGAAGACCCUGGGCAUGAUCACCUUCACCUUUGUGGUAGUCGAGCGCGUUGGUCGAAGGAAGGGACUUGUCUGGGGCGCUGCUCUGGGAUGUAUUCCCAUGUGGUACAUCGGUGGCUACGUGAUGCGCGCCGAUCCAGCAGGUGCUGCUGCGCGUGGAAUCGUCAACCGAGAUGGCUGGGGUUAUCUAGCCAUGGUUUGCGUUUAUCUGAAUGGUUUCAUCAUAUGUGCCACAUGGCAAGGUAUUACGUGGACUUACGCGAGUGAAAUCUUCCCGCUCGAUAUCAGAAUGCUUUGCGUGUCACUCACUACUGCCGACACAUGGCUAGGUUCAUUCAUCAUCGCACGCAGCACACCCUACAUGAUUUCCGAUCUAGGUUACGGCGCCUAUUUCUUCUUUUCCAGCAUACUGGUCUGCAUGGGAGUCUGGGCAUUCUUCUUCGUUCCCGAGACCAAAGGUAUCUCACUGGAAGAGAUGGAUAUUUUGUUCGCCAAACCCGUGCAUAAAGCUGUCUGGGCGCAGCUCCGCGGAAAACCAAUCAUUGACGAUCAAGUCGCUUCCGGUAACACGAGAAAGAGCGCCGAUUCCAGCGUCGUUGAGAAGGAUACGGGCGUGGAUAAGUUCGAGGUCAUUGAAGAACGCAAGAAUGCGCUUUAACAUCUAAGCGAUGUGGGUUUCGAGUGGAUCGCAGGUAUCCACCGUUUAAGCUUUAUGACGCUUGGACGAUGGCGAUUCACAAGAACGAAGGCAAUGUGGCAGGAAUUUCAACGCAGUGCGAAUGCGUGCGCAAAUAGAUAUUGAGCUUUUCUUGCCGUGAUUUUGGGGUACAGUCACCUCUCUCCGUUCAGCCUCUAUGUAGCUCGAACAAAUCAUGAUUCACGAGACAGCAAUUCCUCCAUUUCCCGACUGACAUGUGAGUCACUUUCACGUGUCAAGACUUCUAAACACCCCAUUAUUCCCGAUUGAAGUAAAUCUAGAUCACUCAUCUGCGUUGAUACCCAUUGAAUUUGACAGUGUCCAAGGGUUUAUCGUCGACUACACCUGAAUUGAUGCCCUCGCUCCAAAGAUCGUUGAAUGCACCUACACUCCGGAUACCUCAGCUCCUAAACGCGCUAACGCAUGAACAUGUAACCCUUCGCAUGUUGAACUAUAUAUAUUUGCUGGGCCCUAAAUUC